CCAACAGAAAAUAUUAAUUUUGUUGUCAACAAUGGCUUCACAGCAAGCAAGAAGAGAGGAUGUUACUGAUGAAAGCAAACUCCAAGUUGAGAAAGAUAGAGUACCGAAAAUGGCUAGCCAUUUUGGGUCUCUAGCUGAUAAAGUUCAUGAGGAUGCUGCAACUUCUCCUGAUGAUGUUCAUGUCAAGACCACUGUCACUAGUACUGUUACUGAUAAUCAAGGUGAUCAGGGAGAGAAACAACAAUCAUCUGAUCCAGGGAGAAAGCAACAAGUAUUUCAAGAAAAACCAGGAGGUGUCAAAUUUGAAGUUCAUGGCCAAGAACAGAAUGUCUCCUCAGACACAAACAGAGGAACCCAAAUGCAAAAACAGAGCAAAGGUGAUGAUACUGAAGAGACAAAAGGUUCAUCUUUGGAGGAAAUUUCUCAAUACAGAGCAAUAGCACAGCAGAAUUCAAUGGACUCUAUAAGAGCUGCCGAAGAGCGCUAUGAAAAAGCCAAGGAAUUGGGUGCUUCUACAUUGCAUAAUGUUAAAGAAUCUGCAACUCAUGGACUUGGUGCAACAGGUACUUAUACAACAGAAAAAGGUACACAAGCUAAAGACACUAUUACUCAUGGCCUUCAAAAGGGAACUCAAUAUGUUGCUGAAAAAGCUGGAGCUGCUAAAGACACCGCACUCGAAAAAGGCCAACAAGCUUAUGCUGCAACUAAGGAUACCCUUUCGGGUGCCGUACAAACUGCAGCCCAAUCAGCACAACAAGCUAAAGAUUACACAAUGCAAAAAACAGGGGAAGCUAAAGAUUACACUAUGCAGAAAACAGGGGAUACUAAAGAUUACACAAUGCAAAAAACAGGGGAGGCUAAUGAUUAUUUAGCCCAAAAGACAGAGGAGGCUAAAGAUUAUGUUGCACCAAAAACAGGGGAAGUUCAAGAAGAGAGUAAAGGUGCAGCAACUUAUGUGGGAGAGAAGGCAGCUCAAGUUAAAGAUGUUACAUUAGAAACAGGGAAAGGUGCAGUAGGAUAUGCAGGGAAAGUAGCUGAAACUGUUAAAGACAAAGCAGUAGUAGCUGGAUGGGGAGCUGCACAUUUCACUGCUGAAAAAGCUGCAGAUGCUACUAAAGCUAUAGCUUGUGUUACUUCUACUGUUGCAGGGUAUGCGGGAGGGACGACCGUCGCCGUGAAGGAUGUGGUGGUUGAUGCUGGAAAAAAAACAGUGGGAUUUGCGGAGGAUAAGUUGGCUGCUGCAAAGGACUAUGUAGUUUCAGCUGAGGAAAGUGCGGUAGAGUAUGCAGCUAGGAAAAAAGCAGAAGCAGAGAGAGAAUUAAAAGCUAAGAAAUUACAAGACGACACCAAGGGAGAAAACAGAGGAUCAAAGGUGGAUGAAAAAGAGAGCAGAUUCAAGCCAAAGGAGAAAACCGAAGAAACCUCCUUCGAAGGAAAAGAAGAAUCAGGAGUCGGAAAAGAAAGCAAGCAGCAGCAGCAGCCAGUGGAAGGUGCAGCAGUGGUAUUGCAAGCCAUUGGCGAAACUAUAGUUGAGAUUGGGAAAACAACUACUGAACUUGUUGCUGGUCGUGGGGAUGAACCAGUUGUGGCAAUUGAGAAAGAGUCUACCACAAUGAAGAAAACUUGAGAUGGACGGACAUAUUCUGAGCGUUAUUACGUUUUGGUUUUGGUUUUAAGUUGGCAAUGUUGGGUUUUUGAGUUGGUUUUAUUUCUUUGGACUGUCCAAUAAUUAGCGUAAAUCGCGUAGACUUGUGUUCUAUGUAUGUUCUUUCACAUGUUGAUAAUAUAGUCUUUUGGAACUUACUUUUGUGUGGUGAAAGUUAGCCUUAUUAUAUUGAAUACAUCCCUA